UGGCACAUUCUUGAAGCGAAUUCACGGUUUCCAUUGUGACGUUACAACUCCUAUAACCGGGAUUAAAAUUUUCAAGCAAGAGCAACUUUUCCAUUUUACGAACGGAGUGUUGCAUAAUAACGGUUUCACAACAGCGAGAUUAGACAUGGCUUGCGUUGGAAGUCAUCAGUUUUGGUCUUCGAAUAUUGUUAAAGCUACAAACGUCUUCUAUAAGGAGCACAAUGUCACCCGAGAUAAAAGAGGACAAGUUGUCGGUACACGAGGCGGCUUCAGAGGAUGUACUGUCUGGUUUACAGGUCUUUCUGGGGCAGGAAAAACCACAAUCAGUAUGGCCCUUGAGGAUCACUUAUGUCGACAAGGUAUUCCUUCGUACACACUAGAUGGUGAUAACAUGAGAACUGGACUUAACCGUAACUUGAGUUUCACCCCAGAAGACCGCGAGGAAAAUAUCCGUCGUGUUAGUGAAGUUGCUAAGCUGUUUGCUGACUCCGGCAUGAUCUGUCUCACUGCUUUUAUCAGCCCGUACGAGCGGGAUCGUGAGAAGGCUCGCAAGCUGCAUGAAGAUGCUGGUCUGCCAUUCUUUGAGAUUUUCGUGAACACUCCCUUGGAAACUUGCGAAGAGAGAGAUGUCAAAGGAUUGUACAAGAAAGCCAGAGCCGGCCAAAUUAAAGGUUUUACUGGUAUUGACUCAGCAUAUGAGCCUCCAAGCAGACCCGAACUGAAUUUGAAAUCAGGAGAAGUGCCCGUGGACGAUUGUGUUCAAGAAGUCAUCAAACUCCUUGCAGACAGGGGGAUCUUACCAUAUGCAGCUUACAGCGGUAUCAAAGAACUGUUUGUUCCUGAAGAAAAAGUCGAAGAAGCCAAGAAAGAAGCAGAGGAACUGCCGUCUGUUGAGCUAACAAAGUUAGAUCUUCAGUGGGUGCAAGUUCUUUCUGAGGGCUGGGCCACGCCUCUGAAAGGUUUUAUGAGAGAGCGUGAAUUUUUGCAGUGUCAGCAUUUUGGACUCUUGCUAGACGAGGGCGUGGUCAAUCAGUCCAUUCCCAUCGUGCUCCCUAUUCAGACCGCUGACAAGGAGAGACUGGAAGAUAAAAAAGCCUUAGCUCUGCGAUACGAAGGAAAACCAGUAGCUAUCCUGAGAGAUCCGGAAUUCUACCCUCACCGCAAAGAAGAACGAUCGGCCCGUCAAUUUGGAUUAACGCAUGAAGGACAUCCUUACAUUAAGAUGAUUUAUGAAAGUGGUGAUUGGUUUGUUGGUGGAGACUUAGAGGCGCUGGAAAGAAUCAAAUGGAAUGAUAAACUUGACGAAUACCGAAAGACUCCGAAUGAACUCCGAGCUGAAUUCCGACGACGCGAUGCUGACGCAGUGUUUGCUUUUCAACUUCGUAACCCAGUACAUAAUGGACAUGCGUUGCUUAUGCAGGACACCCGACAGAAGUUACUUGACAGAGGAUUUAAAAAGCCAGUAUUAUUACUACAUCCCCUUGGAGGGUGGACUAAGCAAGAUGACGUUCCAUUACCAGUACGAAUGGCACAACAUCAUGCUGUAAUGGAAGAGGGUGUACUGGACCCUGAAAACACAGUCAUAGCUAUAUUUCCCUCACCUAUGAUGUACGCUGGUCCUACAGAGGUUCAAUGGCACGCGAAGGCGCGUGUGGCAGCUGGGGCAAAUUUCUUCAUUGUAGGACGUGAUCCUGCUGGGAUGCCCCAUCCUGAUCCCAAUCCAAAGAGGGAUCUUUUUGAUCAUUCACAUGGCAGAAAGGUUUUAACUAUGUCACCGGGACUCACACAGCUAGAGAUUGUCCCUUUCCGUGUGGCAGCGUACAAUACUAAAGAUAAAAAGAUGGAAUUCUUUGAUCCUGAGCGAAAGGAAGAAUUUGAUUUCAUUUCUGGAACACGUAUGCGUGCAUUGGCGAGGGCUGGAGAGGAACCUCCGGAUGGAUUCAUGGCGCCAAAAGCGUGGAAGAUUCUGUCCAAUUUUUAUCGUUCUCUCAACAAGAAUUAGUGAUUGCGUCAUGUACGCUCAAAGAAUGGUAGUGCUUUAUAUUACGCUACAAGUAUAGCAUUUGCAACAGCCUUCGAUUUUACUUAUUUUAGUCAGAGCAGAAAUUGAUUUUAAGUCUGUCGUGAAUCGAUAUGAAACCCUAUCUUAAAAAAAAAGAUUACGAAAGAGAAAUUUCUUGCACUAAUUUUCAUUUUUCACCAGACAUUCUCGUGCUUUGUUAUAGACACCUCUGUAGUAAUGGUUUUUCAAAUUCGUGAAGUCUUUCAGAGUUAGGGUGAUCAUGAAAGUUCAGAACCUCAUCACUGAAUCAAAUAAUUUUGCGAACUCUCAAAACCGCGUGCAAAUACUGAGGGCUCAACCAGACCCAACCUCAUUCACAAGCAGAACCAGAAUGUUUUUUUUUUUCAAAUGAGCCGUCUUCAAAUCGAUUUUCGUCAGACUUAAUAUUCUCAAAGAACCUUUCCAUUGUCAGUGAAGUUGCCAUUAUCAAAUAACGAGGAACUUUUCCUUGGGUACAGUACAUUAAAUCAGUAGUCCUUUAUUUUCCAUACAGUGAUGUUCAUUCGCGCUAAAUUUUUAAUGUUUUUCAACUCAGGUGGAAUUAUCACCCAGUUACUUGUAGUUAUUGUAGUUAGGUUUUCGUUUUUCAAUUUUAAACACAUUUUUCGUGGAAAGUUCGAGCCGAACUCUCGUACAAACUUUGUGAUGUCUUAGUAAAUUUGAAGCGAUAUUCAAUAUUUUCAUCUUA